AUUUUGUAGAAGAGACAUUUUUCUCAUAUCACUGUUAGGUUGCGUGUUGAGGUGACACCGCCACAGACCGGUUUGCAUACAUUUCCACAUUUCUUACGUGAUUGACAAACAUGUCUUCUCUCAAUAUUUCCGGAGUUUUCAAUUUGGGAAAACAAUGCGUGAAGGGGCAGAGUUUAGUGUUGAGGUCCAUGUCAGCGACUGCUCAACCAAAAUUGCAAGAAAAUAUGAAACCUAAAACUGCAAUUGUCAUGAUGAAUAUGGGUGGCCCUACAAGCACCGAUAAAGUUGGAGAGUAUUUGCAUAGAAUUAUGACUGAUCGAGACAUGAUCCAAUUACCUGUUCAAAGUCGCCUAGGACCAUGGAUUGCUCAGCGCAGAACAUCUGAAGUUCAAAAGAAAUACCAAGAAAUAGGUGGUGGCUCACCUAUCUUAAAAUGGACCAAUAUGCAAGGUGAAUUAUUAUGCAAAAAAUUGGAUCAAAUGUCUCCAGAAACUGCACCGCAUAAACACUAUGUUGCAUUUAGAUAUGCAGAUCCUCUGACAGAAGUAACUUUAGAACAAAUAGAAGAAGAGGGUGCUGAGCGAACUAUUCUAUUUUCACAAUAUCCUCAAUAUAGUUGUGCAACGAGUGGUUCUAGUUUUAAUGUUAUCCACAGGUUUUAUAAAAACAGGAAGUUCCCAGAAAAAUCCAAAUGGAGUGUAAUUGAUAGGUGGUCUACGCAUCCACUUUUGGUUAAGACUUUUGCUGAGCGCAUAAAAGAAGAAUUGAGACAGUUUCCUGAAAAUGUGCGAAAAGAUGUCAUCAUUCUAUUUUCUGCCCAUUCUUUACCAUUAAAGGCUGUCAAUAGAGGUGAUCCAUACCCAUCAGAAGUUGGUGCUACAGUUCAACUUGUUAUGGAAGAAUUAAAGUAUUGCAACCCAUACAAUUUAGUGUGGCAGUCAAAGGUUGGACCAUUGCCAUGGUUAGGACCAUUUACAGAUGAAGCUUUGAAAGGAUAUAAAGAGCAGGGUAAAAAUAAUUUUAUAUUGGUUCCCAUUGCCUUUGUAAAUGAACAUAUUGAAACUCUUCAUGAGAUGGAUAUUGAAUAUUGUCAUGAUCUUGGAAAAGAGCUUAAAAUCGACAAUAUACGACGAGCUAAAGCACCGAACGAUCAUCCUUUAUUCAUCGAGGCGCUCGCAGACAUCGUUGUUACUCACAUGAAGUCUGAUCAAAGAGUUACUCCGAAAUUCCUUAAUAGAUGUCCACAUUGUGUCAAUCAAAAUUGUGCAGACACAAAAAAUUGGUUUAGCAAAAUUUGUAAGCUGAAUUAGAAUUUGAAAAAUAAAAUAGAGAUUUGUAAUUUGUACAUUUAUCUAAUUAGUUGUAUUACUAUUACAUUAUUAUGUUUAUAAAGAAACGAUUGUUAAUAAAGGUGGUUGAUUAUCUAA